AUGUUGCUGCACUCACUUAGACUAUUACAACAGUAUGCAGUAGAUGGUUAUGUUAAGAUUGAAACGUCUAGGCUUGACUUUCAUAGAAACCGACAGAACAACAUUCGUUCUGAGGUUCUUCAAGGAGUCUUAGACAGUAUUUCUAUAGGCCAGACCAAUGCUUCUAAAGUUGGCCGUAGAACCAUAUUACCAGCUUCCUUUAUAGGUGGACCAAGGGACAUGAGACGUCGAUAUCUUGAUGCAAUGUCCCUUGUGCAAAAACCGGACCUUCUGGCUAGAGUCUUUAGAGCCAAGUUUGAAUUGCUUAAAUUAGAAGUUUUGAACAAACAAAUCUUUGGAGAAGUUGCAGCGUAUGUUUAUGUGAUUGAGUUCCAAAAACGUGGAUUCCCACAUGCGCAUAUGCCACUAAUUUUGAAGCUUGAAUACAAGCUCCUAAAUCCAGAGUCAUAUGAUAGAGUGGUUUGCGCUGAAAUACCUGAUCGUUCGAAGCAUCCUCAUCUAUAUUCACUUGUUGUGAAGCAUAUGAUUCAUGGUCCUUGUGGUGAUAUGGAUAGAACUUGCCCUUGUAUGAAGGAUGGUCGUUGUAAAAAUCACUAUCCAAAGAGUUUUUGUAGCCAAACGACGCAUGCUGAAGAUAGUUAUCCACAAUACAGAAGGAGGGAUGAUGGAAGAAAAAUCACAGUCCGAAGGCAUACUCUUGAUAACAGAUGGGUUGUGUCUUAUAGUCCCUAUCUGUUAGCUACAUUUGACUGCCAUAUCAAUGUCGAAAUUUGCUCGACUAUUAAAUUGGUGAAGUACAUGUAUAAGUAUGUUUUCAAAGGCCAUGACUCAAUCAAUUUUAGGGUCGUUUCGCAUCAUGCCCCUGAUGACACUGAUGACAUAAAGGAAUUUUAG